CUCCCUGGGACUGGGUGGGUCACCUUACUGGAAUGGGAGGUGUGGCUGCUAUGUAAGAUGCCUGCCCUCCCAUUCUCCACCGGCUGGCUGCACCUUGGCGUGGGGCGGGGCCAAGCUCUCUCAGUGGGGCGGAACGGGUCAGGGCAGGCUGGGUCCUACCCUCCUACCCCUGAAAUUAACCCGGAACUAACAGGCUCCUUUGGGAAAGCCUCGGAGCCAGAUCGAGUGGGCACCUGAACUGUGCAGGCCACCGGAGCCAGGUUUUAGACAGGGAGAUCCUCCUAGUCCCCAGACGAGGUGUACCCUCGGCGGGAGGUGGCACGUUUGUGCAAAGUGCCGGCAGCCACAGCGGCAGAACUAUGGCGCCCCCGAGGAACGUGGUGAAGAUCGCCGUUCAGAAGUCUGACGCCAUCCCACAGCUUAUCCAGCUAGACCAGGUCAAUGGGACUGUCGGAACUCCGCCUCCCACUUCUGGGUUGUUCCUCUUCCCUCGGGUCAGCCCAGCCCGCCCCUUAAAAGUCCCUCACCCUAACUCCUACCCUAGCGCCUAGAGUGACAACUCCACUUGCAGGCAAAGCCCCUGGCCACUGUGCUGAAGGAGGUGUGCGACGCGUAAGUGCUGGGCAAAAGCGGGGGAGGGGGAGGGGCACGCGAUCCUGGACUUUCUUCGCUGAGCUUCCUGCCCCACAGGUGGAACUUGCCUCACUCCGAGAGCUAUGCCCUAAAGUUUGCUGAUGGGCACAAGAGAUACAUCACAGAGAAUGUGAGCCCCCUCCCAGCCCCACACUGCACAGGGUCCCUUUAACCCAACCUGGCUGUGAUCCAAUAUAUUUACCCUGCUCUGAAUGGGAGUUCUUUUACUGACUCCCAAUAGAUGAUGCAGUUGACCAUUUCCUAGAGCCCUCUUUAACUUCACUCCUUUCUGCUGUUUCCUCCAGAACCGCAUGGAGAUCAAGAAUGGAAGCAUCCUGUGCCUCAGCACUGCCCCAGUAAUGCCUCUCUCCUCCCCUCUGCUGGGUCCCUUUGCUGCCUAGUGUGGCCUCUGCUGUGGGUCUGGAGCCCCAGCUUCUUAGUGCCCCACCUAGUGGACACCCAGACCAUCACACUCCAGUUCCAGUAACAUCUCGUCUAACCGCUUCAUCUUUCCUCUGCUGCUGCUAGGACCUGGAGGCCCAGCAAGUGCUGGGCGGGCUGCAGAGUGCAAGUCGUGAAGGGUGCUAUCAAGCCCUGAAAAACCUGGUUCCACUGGCCUCAGACAUGACCUUUGCCCAGGAGGUCAUCAGCCGUGAUGGGCUUCAGAGACUAAGCACCAUCAUUGAAAAUGGGGAUGAAUGUUCUCUGUAGUCUAGGGGAGAUGCUGGCCCUUGGUCUAACGGCUUUCUUGGAGCUCAUGGAACAUGGUGUUGUAUCCUGGGAGACACUCAGCAUCCCCUUUGUCAGGAAGGUGGUAUCUUAUGUGAACAUGAACCUGAUGGAUGCCUCUGUGCAGCCCUUGGCCCUCAGGCUGCUGGAGAGCGUGACUUUGAGCAGCCCUGCCCUGGGCCAACUGGUGAAGAGUGAGGUGCCACUGGAUAGGCUGCUGGUGCACCUGCAGGUAGUGAACCAACAGCUGCAAACCAAGGCUAUGGCAUUGCUGACAGCUCUGCUGCAGGGGGCUAGCACUGCUGAACGUAAGCACAUGCUUGACUACCUAUGGAAGAGGAAUCUUCGCCAGUUCAUCUACAAGAAUAUCAUCCACAGUGCAGCACCCAUGGGCGACGAGAUGGCUCACCACUUGUAUGUGCUGCAGGCUCUUACACUGGGGUUGCUGGAGCCACGCAUGCGGACACCACUUGACCCCUACAACCAGGAAGAGCGGGAGCGACUGCAGGCCCUGCGCCAGGCAGCCUUUGAACCAGAGGGGGAGUCCUCGGGCACAGGGCUGAGUGCUGACCGCCGCCGUUCUCUCUGUGUUCGAGAGUUCCGAAAGCUAGGCUUUUCUAACAGCAACCCAGCCCAGGACCUGGAGCGUGUGCCCCCUGGUCUGCUGGCCCUGGACAACAUGCUCUACUUCUCCAAGCAUGCACCUAGUGCAUACAGUCGGUUUGUGUUGGAGAAUAGUAGCCGAGAGGACAAGCAUGAGUGCCCCUUCGCCAAGAGCAGCAUCCAGCUGACAGUGGUGCUGUGUGAGCUGCUCCAUGUUGGGGAACCUUGCUCCGAGACAGCCCAGGACUUCUCACCCAUGUUCUUCAGUCAAGACCAUAGUUUCCAUGAGCUCUUCUGCGUGGCUAUCCAGUUGCUGAAUAAAACCUGGAAGGAAAUGCGGGCAACACAGGAGGAUUUUGACAAGGUAAUGCAGGUGGUUCGGGAGCAGCUAGCCCGGACGCUGGCUCUGAAGCCCACCUCCCUGGAGCUCUUCCGAACCAAAGUGAACGUUCUCAGCUAUGGGGAAGUGUUGAGGCUGAGGCAGACAGAACGGCUGCACCAGGAGGGCACUUUGGCCCCUCCCAUACUUGAGUUGCGGGAGAAGCUGAAGCCGCAGCUCAUGGGCCUAAUUCGACAGCAGCGUUUGCUCCGACUCUGUGAGGGAAUGCUCUUCCGCAAGAUCAGCAGCCGCAGACGCCAGGACAAGCUGUGGUUCUGCUGUUUAUCCCCCAACCACAAAGUGCUGCAGUAUGGGGAUGUGGAGGAGGGUGCCAACCCACCCACCCUAGAGAGUCUACCUGAACAGCUCCCUGUGGCAGACAUCAGGGCACUCCUAAUGGGCAAGGACUGCCCGCAUGUCCGGGAGAAGGGCUCUGGGAAGCAGAACAAGGACCUCUAUGAGUUGGCUUUCUCCAUCAGCUAUGACCAUGGGGAAGAAGAAGCAUACCUCAACUUCAUUGCUCCUUCCAAACGGGAUUUCUACCUGUGGACAGAUGGGCUGAGUGCCCUGCUGGGCAGCACCAUGGGCAGUGAGCAGACUCGGCUAGACUUGGAGCAGCUGCUUACUAUGGAGACCAAGUUGCGGCUGUUGGAACUGGAGAAUGUGCCCAUUCCUGAGCAGCCGCCCCCAGUGCCCCCACCCCCUACCAACUUUAACUUCUGCUAUGACUUCAGCAUCACUGAGCCUUGACUGAAGUUGGCUAUGGGUGACAGCUGGAGUUUCUGGAGCAGCCAUAAAGAGGGGUAAAAAGCACAGACAACCUGACCAACAGAGCCUCGAGCAGAAAUAAAGUUAGUUUGGCUUGUA